AUGGAUAUCAUUCUAGGCAUUCGUGUACAGGAUUCCGUCAUUCUAGCCUCCUCUAAGGCAGUAACGAGAGGUAUCUCUGUCUUGAAAGAUUCAGACGAUAAGACGAGACAGCUAUCGCCACACACAUUAAUGAGUUUUGCCGGUGAAGCCGGUGAUACUGUUCAAUUCGCCGAAUACAUUCAGGCCAACAUCCAAUUAUACUCCAUCAGAGAAGAUUAUGAACUAUCUCCACAAGCCGUGUCUAGUUUUGUUAGAAAAGAAUUGGCCAAAUCGAUCAGAUCAAGAAGGCCUUACCAAGUUAACGUAUUAAUUGGAGGGUAUGACAAAAGGAGGAACAAACCGGAAUUAUAUCAAAUUGACUAUUUAGGUACUAAAGUAGAAUUACCUUAUGGUGCUCAUGGUUAUUCAGGGUUUUAUACGUUUUCUUUACUAGAUCGCCAUUAUAGACCUGACAUGACUACUGAAGAAGGCUUAAAUCUACUAAAACUUUGUGUACAAGAGCUAGAGAAAAGAAUGCCAAUGGAUUUCAAGGGCGUCAUCGUAAAAAUUGUGGAUAAAGAUGGCGUAAGACAAGUGGAUGAUUUCCAGACGCAGUGA